UCACGUCUGUCAAUUGUCAUGGCUCAUGCUCAAAUAUCACACUCGCAGCGCAAUUAUGGUUGUUUUGCAUUUUAUGAGGCAUAAUUCGUGAACAGUUUUAGAAAAACCUAACCGUUUUAAGAUAAAGUUAUUAUUAAACAACAAUAUAAGUGAAACAGACGUAGUGUUAGUAAAUAGAAAACGUCCUUAUUCAGUUACAGGAAGGUAAAUUUUGUCGAUAAAUAUUACGUAUCAUGUAACAGUGAGAACUUGUGGUUAUUUUGUGGCUGGCGCGUCUAUUUUUGAUCUGGCGGUCUUCCUUAAAGUUAUCAUGAUAUAAGGACGCAGGAUGAGUUGGCUGCGGAGCACAUCGCUGACGCUGGCAAGGCAGCUGUCGCGGUCCCUCGACCCUCGCCACGAUUACGAGCCUCAAGCUUGCUACAACUCCUUCUGCAAGCAUUGGCAACAGGCGAACGAUAUCAUUGUCAAGUCUCAGCCACAACACCUGCACGACGAUGUCUUGGGCGUUGUCAACCACCUGGAGCAACUGACGACCUUGCUUGUGUUAGAGGCUCGUGCCAGAGAGAUCAACUGCAACUCCAGCUCCGCCGCCUGCCUCGAGUAUCUGUUGAGCGAGAACCUGCUCGACAAGUUGUACGAAUGGGCUUUAUGUACUGGCAAAUAUGAAAAUGCAGUCCAACUUGAGCAGCUCAAACUAUUUGGCCAUCUCGUCAGUCAUUACAGUUCGCAGGUGAUAGCCGCGGAACCAUUUCUACGGCCUCUAUUAAAACUACUCAGUGGAUUCAGGAACCAGCUGCCUCUGUCGAACUUAGAAAGUCAAUUGGUAGCGGUAUUGAAUCAGCUAUGCGUGGUGUUAAUGCAAAAUAUGAAAUUCAUCGAUCUGUUCUUUUUAACGACGCACACCAAAAAUGGUUCUCAGGCAGAAUUCAUAAUCGGUCGUCUGCUACUGUCAUCUGUGCAUCGCGAGGGUUCAGCGGGAUCAGUGGCUCGAGAUGCUUUUCUUCUGUGCGCCAAAAUGUCGGCCAGGUGUCCGCCUUUGGCGCACUGUUUGCUUACGGGGAACGCUUGCCCCAUACUGGCUACAGGGCUAAGCGGUCUAUACUCACUGUUGCCACGCUCGCUGGGCGACACGGUGAAACUCACUCCCGAUGACGUCAACCGCGUCCACAAACUGACACUGUUCAUUGAUUCAUUGGAGUUCUGCAAUGCUGUAGCGCAGGUCGCUCAUCCAUUGAUCAGAAAGCAUCUUCUGGAUCUGCUCUACCAGGGUUUCUUGGUACCAGUGAUGGGGCCAGCUCUGUUACAGAAGAGAGCGGGCACCUUACAGAGUGGGGCGACUGAACAGGCGACAGCCAUGUUAUACCUCGAACUGCUAUUGAGGUGUGUCACUGCCGGAGGAUUGCUGAGAGUGAUACUGCAUUUUUUGUUCAUGUACGAGUACGAUGGAGUCAAAGUCAUGGAUGUUUUGUUGGGAAGGUUGGAAGGGAAUUCACAGCUGUCAUUAGUCACAUUAUCGCUUAUGGAGACUCUCAUAGACAUCAACUGCGAAGACGUGAUGAUAGAGCUCAUAUAUAAAUACCUUUUGAAUGGCAACUAUCUCAUGGCCACCUACAGGAGCAAAUUAUCCGAGCCAGAACCUUACAGAGAUGCGGCAGUGGCAUUCCUAGGACUACGCCCUAAUUGCUGUUCUAGGCCUUUGGAGAAGACCAAGGAAUGGGUGGAUGAGAUGGCCCUAAGUGGGCGACGAGUGCUUGAUUUUAAAAUAAAUUACGAUAAUAGAAGGGUGAAUGGAGUACAUAAUGAUAUUGCGAUGAAUAAUUUAGUCCAUGAAGCUAAUUAUGAUUAUGGGAAUCCAAAUGAAACUUUAUACACGAACUACCAUGCGUACCUUUGCGACGCUCGCUUCGAGAUCGUAUCGCGAACGAUAGCGUGCGCAAACUGGAGCUUUAAAUACGACAGGGUGUCCCCGAAACGCGAAACGAACAACAAUUCCACAAAAGAAAUAAAAGAGAUCGAAACACUUCCGGUAAGGGAACAGGACAGUCUUGUGUCCCUUUCUACGAGUGGUUACGAUACUUUGAAAAACAGUGAUACCUCAGAGAAAGAACCGCAUAGCUUGAACUCUUUGAACGAAGUCGCGGAAAGUCAUAAAGUGGCCGACCAGCAAUGUGAAACGAAUGAUAGUAAAGACCACGAUAGUUUAACUUCGUUUGGAGAAAGCAGCGGUUACGAUAGCUUUAGGUACAGGGUUGAUGAUAAUGAGGACGAAGGUUUCGCUGAGGAAUCGUUCCGGAAGAGCUUCGUGAAGUGCUGUGAUGUUCGGAACGACGACGAAGUGCCUUCGGUCAACUGGCGUGCAAGCGCUGAUUCUAUGAUCAGCCCGCUUCUAACCUGCGUCCUGAAGAAGGUAGCUAACUUCCUGCAGGCGGACCUGGCAACCACGUGUCGUGUUUCGAGUCUGGUCUGCAAGCUAGCGUCUUUCCCCACACCGUUGCUGACUUCACUGCUUCUGUGUCCCGGGGUCGUGUUACAACCGAAUGUGCCUUCGUUAUUUCAGAUACUUACCAGAUUAAAAGAAGAAGUCGACCAGUUGACAGACGGUUUGGCCAACAAUAGCGAGUUGGUCGACAAGGCGAGAGUGUUCCUCAUACAGAGGGAGAUGACGCUGGUGAAAUCGCGGUCGCAGACAAACGACGACAGUCAGACGCAACGUCCAAGCUCACCCGCUCAGAAAGGAGACGAAUCACCGUUUAGGCGGAUGGAGUCUACACGACGGAGUAUUUCCUCGAGUUUCUCCAAUAUAUUUAAUAGAAAAGCUUCACUAUCACCUUCACAACAAAACGCGCAAAGCCUACAAAACUCCGCAUACAACACACCCGCACAAAAACGUCCAAUUUUCACCCAAGAGGUGUACUGGAACCAGUCCAUCACACUGCGAUCCGUGCUCAACGCUGUCAUACUCGAUGAGUGGAUCAAAGAACUAUCAGCGAUCUGUGAAGAACAGGCCCUACGAUUGACGGCCGAUUACUAUGAAAACGACACAUAUAUCCGUACAGUCGCGUUAUGACUGUUAGCCAACGCCUCAGAGGGCAAAAUAAAAAAAAAUAGAAGUGUUGUCUCUGACACUUGCGUUUAGAAAAAAGUUUUAAGAUGCCUUAAAAUACUGUGAUUCGGGAUAACUUGGAAAUUGGGCAUUCAAAGGUAUAAAUUGAAUUCAAUUAUAUUAUUUUUCUAGAAUGCUUUAAACUAAAACACUCAUAAAAAAAUCUUAUUUGGUAUAGGUAAGAGCGUUGUUUUAUUAAAGCAUUCCAGAUUAAAAAAAACAUUUUUAUCAUUAGUUGUCAAUGUUAACUGUAUGUCAAAUUGUUUUAAUUUAUCGCAAUCAGGCUCAAAAGGGUAAGUUCGGAGAGCCAUAUCGCCAGUUAAUUAAAAAAAUUAAUAGCUAAGUUAUCCCGAUUAAUUGUAGUAUUAAUUGUAAAUUAUUAAUUUUAAAAUGAAACUUUUCUUUUUGAAAGAAAAAUUGAAUUUAAAACAAUUUCGUAUUUAUUUUUUCUAGAAUGUCUACUAUUUUUAACGUAAAUAAAGCCUAUAUAUCCAUCCAUAUGGGUUGUUAAGUGUAGAAAUAAGGCAUAAACGCCUGUAGGUUUAUUUAAAUAUCGCAUACUUAAUUCUAAGUACAUAAUUUUAUACAUAAGGUAAAUUAUAAUGCAACUGCAAUUAAUUUUAAUUAUUGAAUGCCAUGAACGUAAUUUUGAACUGUGAUUUUAUAAUGUUCAAAAACAAAAUUGGA